UGGGGAAGAUGAAAUUUAUCAUAAGCGACCUGAUAAAGGUAUAAUCGUUAGUUAGCCAAUUAGCAAUUAAUUUUGUUUUUAAAAUUAUUGAAUUUUUAUAAUAUAUGUCUUUAAAAGAUUUUAAUAAAAGUGUAUUUAAAUUUAUUGUUUAGACAAAGCACUAAAGAAAUACAGUCAGUAUUUUUGUCAUUAAAUAUUUGUUAUUAGGAUUUAAUAAUUUGUACUGUUUACUUUUAACUUGCUUUUUACUUUAUAGGAAAAUUGAAACUUAGACUAGAUGAUUUUAUGGAAGAAAUGAGGAAAACAGUCUCAUUAUUAGUGUCAAACUCUGUGACAACUGCAUCAUCAUCUGAUAUGACUGCAACUGCAGUGACAUCUGGUACUACUACAAUUGCCUCACCAUCUGAUACUACUACAACUGCAUUGACAUCUGGUAGUACUACUACAAUUGCGCUGACAUCUGGUACUACUACAAUUGCAUCGUCAUCUGGUACUACUACAGUUGCAUUGUCUGGCACUGCUGCAACCGAUCUAAAUUGGAGCAGCUACAGGCUUUAUCGCUCCCAGCACCCAGGACCUCUUUCUGAGAGGUCCUUUAACAAAUGGUGCUUUAAUAAUGGUAUGGAUGAGCCCUCAUUUAAAUGGAGAGCUCAUCCAUACAGGGGUGCUGGGAGGCACCAAGGAAAAAACAGCAACAAAAAAAUUUUAAAUAUCUUUAAUCAGUGAAGAUAUUUACAAUUUUUUUGUUGCUGUUUUUUCCUUGGUGUUUUAUUCUCAAUGAAAUAAAUUUAUAAUUUUAAUUUUGUUUGUUUUUAUUUUUUUAGUAUUUGUUUAGACUAUUAAUUUUUGACUAGACAUUUAAUUUUUGGUUCACAAUAUAACAUGACUGUAAUUGUCCCCAAUAUAUAUCAUAUCAGUUAAAUCAGAAAAAUGUACUAUAGUAGAUAAUUAACUGUAAAAAAAAACCACAUGUAAAUUUCUAAUAUUUUAAAGUUUAUAAUUUGUUGAUUUUUACCAGAUUUUAUUUCUUUUCAUUGUUUCGAAUUCAAUAGUUUAGUGUUUAUAACUGCUUUUAACUUAUGUUAAGCUUUAAUAAAUUUAAUCUUCUAAUUUUUA